AUAUCGUCCUAGGAGUGGGAUAUUUUAAUAUUGUUAUUAAUGAUUUCUGAUUGGUGGGAGUGGCAUGUAUAAUUGAGAAAAGUGUGGUGUUACGUUUUAAAAAGACACUCAUGGAAUAGUAAGUUAGUAACUAAUGUUAUCUAAGAAAAAUAAGUGAGUGCCGUCAGCUCUUAUUGGGGAAAUGAAUACGAUUGUUUUUGUACGAUAGUUCGGAUCGUCUUAGAAUCUUAUCCAACUCACAUUUCAGCAUCACAUUCAAUAUCUUGUUCCUUUUCUUUUUCUUUUCCCAAUCUUUCAGUGCGUUUUAUCUUCUAUCCUCUUUUUUUUCUUUCGUCAUCGUUGAUUAGUGUUUUUCACGUUUCAAGCAGAUUUUUUAAUGAUUAUCCAAUUAAGUUCAUGAUGUUUCUAGCAAUAAGUUAUUUUUUUGAAGUUACUAUUUUUGUGAUUCGUUUUGAUUAAACACUAACCUUAAAGCUUGGGUUCCUCUUGUUUAGUUCUUCUAAUGUUUUAUAAAAUUAAAUUAAAAGCCAACCAAAAACGAAAAGAAAAUAAAACGAUUAUUGAAGAUAUAUAUGAGCAAAUAAAACAUAAGUUAGGUACAUAACAAAAAAAAACAUAAAUUAGGUACAAAUUGUACAGGGUACAGUAUAUUUAUAUAGAAAAUACUUGUAUAUAAGGCGAGAUUGAAUUUUCAAACACUUGUAUAACAUUUGUUUUGUAUUAAAGUUAAAAAGUUCUAAUGAAAUUCAUCCAGAACUAACAAAGAUUUUCAUCGCAUGUUCGUGUUUUCCUUUUUUUUUUGGUUUACAUCCCUUGCAAUAAUAAAUUCAUUACUAUUUUUAAAAAAAUCUUUCUGGUCUCAUCAUCGUAUACGUAUCUAACUUACCUGAUACUCCUUGGUUUUGCCUUUCUUUCCCAUCGAAAAUAUCUUGUGUUUUCCUAAUCCAAAGAUAUUUUAUUAUACGCCCACCGGAAAAAGGAAAUAAAGAUAUUUUGGUUUUCUUGCAAGGUCAAAGCAAAUAAAAGAUAUUUAUCAUCACUAUGGCGAGCAAAUGCAAAAACAAAUAGUAUACACCAGAAAAGAGCGUCUCUGAUUCGUCGAAAAGCAUCGGAAAAGCGAACGCUUGAGAAUCCCAUUAUGGCAGAAAAUAGCCACUUGGUGCAUUCCAAGUCGCGAGUACACUGUUUCCCCUACUCGCAGUAGUACCAGAAAACAUAAACCCUUUUAUAUUUAGACACAUCUGUGGGGUCCAUGAAAAGUCUCUUGCUUUCACUAUAAAUACGACAGGGACCCAACGUACCCUACACCAAACUUUUUUGCACUUUGUUGUAAUAAAAAAUUAGGCACUUUUGAUUUAUUGUCAGAAGCAGCCUACAUGCCCCUUUGCGGAACACCCACCCAUUCUCUAUCCAUUCAUUUUCCUAACUUAAGAGAGAAAGAAAGAGAGAAGCUGAAUAAAAGGUUGUGUAAGAAUCUCGGCUCUGUUUCUAAGGAUCUGUGUGUUUGUCUUUUAAGUUUCAGCGAUUCAACUUGAGAAGAUAGAUAAGUAAUUCAGAAGAUCUUGUCUUAUACGCAGAAAUUAAAAAUCUGGUAAAGAAGAUGGGUUACAUGUGUGACUUCUGUGGUGAACAAAGAUCUAUGGUGUACUGUCGAUCCGAUUCAGCCUGUCUCUGUCUCUCUUGUGACCGGAGUGUUCACUCCGCUAACGCAUUGUCCAAGCGACAUUCUCGUACACUUGUCUGUGAGAGAUGUAAUGCUCAGCCUGCAAAUGUCAGGUGUGUUGAAGAAAGAGUCUCACUCUGCCAAAACUGUGAUUGGUCAGGCCAUAACAACAACAACAACAACAACAACUCUUCUUCAAAUGAUCACAAGAGGCAAACCAUAAGCUGCUAUUCUGGUUGCCCUUCAAGCUCUGAGCUCGCCUCUAUCUGGUCUUUUUGCUCGGACUUACCCGGAGAAUCCGCUUGUGAACAAGAGAUGGGUAUGAUGAAUAUAGAUGAUGAUGAUGAGGAUAAGAAAGAUGUCGCCGUUGGCUCCUCUUCAAAGCCUGAUGAAAACAGCUCUUGUUAUGGUUUGAAGGAUGUUGAAGUGUGUGAAGAUGACUUUUAUGGGAACUUGGGUAUGGAUGAAGUUGACUUGGCUCUUGAGAACUACGAAGAGCUCUUUGGAACAGCCUUUAACGCCUCGGGACAGCUCUUCGGACAAGGUGGAAUCGAUAGUCUUUUCCAGAAACAUCAUCAAGCAGCAGCUGCAGCUCCUGAGAGAGGGAGUACGGUGCAGCCAGAUGAGAGCAAUGACUCGUUCAUGAGUUCUAAAACGGAGCCAAUCAUUUGCUACACGUCGAAGAACAUAUCAUUCUCUGGAGUCACAGGAGAAAGUAGUGCUGGAGAUUUUCAAGAAUGUGGUGCAUCAUCUUCCGUGCAGCUCUUGGGAGAGCCACCAUGGUAUCCUCAAACAUCAUCACAGGAUAAUAAUAAUGCUUGUUCACAUUCAGUGACCCGUAAUAACGCGGUUAUGCGGUACAAAGAAAAGAAGAAGGCUCGCAAGUUUGAUAAGAGAGUGAGGUAUGCUUCUCGGAAAGCAAGAGCUGAUGUGAGAAGGCGUGUAAAGGGGAGAUUUGUCAAAGCUGGUGAAGCGUAUGACUACGACCCACUCACCCCAACCAGAAGCUAUUGAGUGGAUUCUUCUCCUUGAGAGGGUAAACAAAUGUAGGUACAGAUGGCGGGAAAAUCGAAACAAGAAAGGUUUUUUUGACUUAUGGAGAGAGAGAGAGUUCUCAAAGUCAGAAACAAGACUCUACUUCUCUGGUUUGAGAAGAUACUAAACUGGUGAUCAUUGUAAGCAAUCAUUCAUUCUUGGGAUUUAAUCUUUUUUUUGGCUUCAAAAGCUUCAAUCAAUUUCCAUGAGUUUUGUUCUCUUGGUAGCCAAAUGGUUUUUGGCAGGGAGAUUUAGGGAAGAUUUUUUUUUUUUUGAACAAAUGGGUAAAGAUUAAACAAUAUGAUUGUAUUGUAUGACUUCUUUCAAUUUGUAUGUAUGCUUAACUAUAAAUGCUCUCUUUGUUUUUUCUC